CGGGCGGAUGAGGCAGGUACAUCCGCUACGGUGGCGAGAUUCCGAGAAAGCACGCCGUUCCAAGUCCGGCCAGCGCGUCUACAUGACGGACCUGCAAGAGCCAUUUUGGACUGAAAUUUUACACGUGACCCCUUGAUGGCCUGGUCGCUUGUCACAGGAUUACCGCUUUCGUUCAUCCGUCGACCAUGUCCCUUUCCCUCGUUUCCAGUCAGUACCUAGAUGAGAACUCGGCCAAGAUUAGGACCAAGCCUGUACCGUGGGAGGGAUACCAACGUGCAGACUUAAUCACUACGGAUGAGCUCUCUCUCAUCAAGAAGGUCGAUAGGCAGUCGAAGGCAAAGACUGAAGCACUCUUGCUUUCUGACGCUCAGAAUUAUGCCCUCUUGUAUCUUCGACUCCUCAAGAACUACAGAGAGUCGAUACUAUGCAGUGCAUUCUUGUCCUCAUCGGAGAUGCCAUUGCUGAUCACGAUGAGCGCAUACCUUUGUUCACUCGUGCAGGCCCUCGAUACCCAAGAUGAAUUCGUACAACUCAAAGCCGCUCAAAUUCUAACCGUGCUCUUGUGCUCAGAAUCCACUCUCUUGCAGGCAUCACAACUUCACCCAUUCCUUACUUUCCUUGCCGGGCUAGUUCAAGGCAACUCUCCGAGCAAAUGCGAUAUCGCGGUACAAUGUCUUGAAGCUCUGCUUGCUCGUCCGGAAUGCAGGCAGGCUGUCUGGGCUAUCCCCGGUGUGACAGCAGGCUUUGUUGAAAUCCUGAAGCACAAGCCCGGUCCACAGAUGACUUAUCAGGUCGCUUUCUGUAUCUGGCUGCUUUCUUUUGAGCAAGAUGUUGCGGAGCAAAUCAACAAAAAGUAUGACAUCAUUCCAUUAUUGAUAGAUGCCGCCAAGGCUGCUGUGAAGGAGAAAGUUAUCAGGGUCAUUGUCGCAACGUUCCGGAACCUGGUUGUUAAAGCGCCCAGCGCGAAUUUGCCCUCGAUGCUUGUUGCUCAGUUGCUGCCAUUCGUCAAGAAUUUAUGCACCCGGAAAUGGUCGGACGAAGAUGUGGUCGAAGAUAUCCAGUAUCUACGCGAGGAAUUGGCCUCAAACUUCCAGAGCCUGACAACUUAUGACGAGUAUAGUUCUGAGCUCUUGUCUGGGCAUCUUUCUUGGUCGCCGGUACACGAGUCGGAUGAUUUCUGGAAGGAGAACGCAACCAAGCUGAACGAUAAGGACUAUGAGCAACUGAAGGUUCUUGUUCGGCUGCUGAAGGAGUCAGAGGACCCCGUUGUGCUUGCUGUCGCUGCUCACGAUCUCGGCCAAUAUGUCAAGCACUACGAACGUGGAAAGAAGCUCCUAAACGAUUUCGGCGCGAAAACGCGUGUGAUGGAAUUGAUGACGCAUCAAGACUCGGACGUACGAUACCGCGCGUUGGUGUCCGUGCAACACCUGGUCAGCCAGCCCUGGGUUACGGUCUAGUCUGCUUGAACACUGCCCGCCUGCAUUUUCAUAAUAUAUAUAGUACAGCUCUGUUAGACCCAGACUUCAGCAACAAUGUCCCACUCCUUGAGUGUUUUGGCGUGCUUGUCUUCGUAGCCCUCGGGCUCGUCUAGAAACUUGUCUUCGACGAGAAUGACCCGGAGACCACCGACAGUGUUGAAUCCAGGGCUGAUGGGGACGAAAGCGAACUCAAAGUCCUGCGUGGCCUGCACCAAAAUGUCCUGCUCGCCCUCCUCAGCAUUACUCGGACGAAUCAACUCGAUGGGUGGAAGGAACACAGCCGAUGGCCCACAAGGAACAAUUCCUGAGUUGGACGACCGUAGUUCGUCCGGCCCCUCGAAGAACGGUGGCGGCAGGCCCAACCCUGCUUCAUCCUUGGGCACAAUUUCUGACAGCUUCUGGUGAGCCAAAGCAUAGUUGAAUGUCGUAGACAUCGGCGACGGGGUUGAGAAACCGGAGAUCACCGUUCUCGGACUGUAUGGUUCAGGAAUCGCAGGCGCUGGAUUGAAGAUUGCAGGAACUAUCGCGCGAGGGCUCUGUAGAU